ACUUGGUUCUCUUUGUUUUGGGAGUAUUGUUACAUAAAAAUGGUAUUGGACAUUGAACUACUUCGAAAGGAAAAAGGUGGAGAUCCUGAGAGGGUUCGUAAAAAUCAAAGAGAGCGUUUUAAAGAUGAAGGACUAGUUGACAAAAUUAUAUAUAUUGAUGAAAGAUGGAGAAAACUUAUGUUCGAAAAGGAUAACCUAAAUAGAACAAAGAAUACUGUUAGCAAAGCUGUUGGUGAAAAAAUGAAGAAAAAGGAGCCGGUUGGAGACGACCCGACGGUAGGCAAAGAAAUCUUGGACGAUUUAUGCAAUUUAACAGCGGAAAAGGCUAAAGAGUUAACAGUUGUUCAACUAAAGGCAGUAAAGGCGGCAAUUGAUGACAGGCAAACAAAAUUAGGUUCUGAAAUUACUGAAAUCGAAAAAGAAAGAACGAAUUCUUUGAGAGAACUCGGCAACUUUCGUCAUGAAUCUGUCCCUAUUGAUAAUGAUGAAGACAACAAUAAGGUUGAGCGUACAUUUGGAGAUUGCGAAGCUAAGAAAAAAUACUCUCAUAUGGAUCUUGUAACCAUGGUUGGAGGGUACGAAGGCCUUAGGGGAUCGGCUGUUGCAGGAGGAAGAGGCUUUUACUUGAAAGGUCCGUUAGUUCUCCUUCAACAGGCUCUCACUUCUUAUGGAAUGCAAUUACUUUUGCGAAAGGGAUUCGAACCUCUUUAUGUUCCAUUUUUUAUGAAAAAACAAGUUAUGUCCCAAGUAGCUCAACUUUCUCAAUUCGACGAAGAGUUAUAUAAAGUUACUGGUAAAAGGGGUGCUUCUGACAAUGCAGAAGACGAUGAUGACAAAUACUUGAUUGCAACCUCUGAGCAGCCCAUAGCUGCUUAUCAUCGAGAUGAAUGGUUGGCUAUCAAUGAAUUGCCGAAAAAAUACGCAGGCAGUUCUACUUGCUUUAGACAAGAGGUUGGUGCCAGAGGACGUGAUACUCGAGGAAUUUUUAGAGUUCAUCAAUUUGAAAAAAUUGAGCAAUUUUGCAUAACUGCACCUAACAAAUCUUGGGAAAUGUUUGACGAAAUGAUCGCCAAUGCCGAGGAAUUCUGCCAGUCUCUUGGAAUUGCUUACCGUGUCGUUAAUAUCGUCUCUGGAGCAUUGAAUAAUGCUGCUGCAAAGAAAUUAGAUGUUGAAGCUUGGUUCCCCGGAUCUGCAGCUUAUCGUGAAUUAGUAUCAUGCUCUAAUUGCACUGAUUAUCAAUCCAGACGAUUAAAAAUUCGAUAUGGACAAGUUAAAAAAAUGAAUGAAGCCGCCGAAUAUGUGCAUAUGUUAAAUGCUACGUUGUGUGCUUGCACUAGAGUAAUAUGUGCUGUGUUGGAAACUCAUCAAGACGAAGAGGGCAUUAAUAUUCCAGAACCAUUACAACCUUUCAUGCCUGAGAAGUAUAGGACAAAAAUUCCUUUUGUUCAGGAGGCACCCAUUGAUCAAGAAGAAACAAAGAAAACGAAGAAGCAACAAAAGGGUGGACAGAAAAAUGAAAAAUAAUUUAUGUAUUUUAUUUUCUCGCAUAUUUAAAUAUACGAUUUUUCUGUAGCGAGCAUACAAAUAUCUGUUUUCUUCCAAUUACUUUCAAUUCGGUUCAUAAUAGAAAAUGAGAUGAUACUUAAGUAAAAAUAUAAUCUAUUUAAUUUGUGUCAUUUGAAAUAAUAUAAGAUGAAACGCUGCCGAUAUGAACCGAUACAGGAAUUUGAAUUUGAUCUAAAUUACGGAUCAUGACAUCUCCUGAGAAACUCGGUCAUAGAUAUUGUAGCGUACUGAAGAGAUUUUCAGAGUAUAUUAAUAAAAAUUCACAGGCGGAAGAAGGCUCCUCUUCUGAUAAAUGACCUUAUGAAAUCUAUUGACGACGUAGAAGGACUGAUAGGGAGGAAUCACGUUUUUCUUUAUUUAUGACUUUGAGAUUCGUGCCUUUGCAUUCUACAUAAUUAAAAUCAGUGAGUUGUCGCAAUAAGAAUAUAUCAUUAAGGAAAGGGAAGGGAAUGUGUAAUUGUAUCCGGACUACAUUUGCAAGAAACAUUCAUAGGCCUUAAUUUUAUUGUUGGAAGUUAAUUGUUGAGUCUAGGAAUAUGGAUUGAGAUGAAAUUUAUCAAGG